UACGUAUUUAUAUGAUUUUUCAGUUCAAUAACCUCUCCCCUGAGUCUGACUUGUAUUCUGUUUAGUCCCAUUAGAACACAACCUAUUCUCCAUGCUUUCUUCCUGUUUCUCUGUCAGUGAUGGAGUCAGCCAUUGAUGUACUCGUGUCCCAGUUCAAGGCGUUUGCUGGAAGUGAUGGAUCCUCAGACACACUGAGCAGAGAUGAGUUCCAGAGCCUGGUCAAAACACAACUCCCCAACUUCGUUAAGAACGCUGGUGACCCAGCUGUCAUCGACCGACUCAUGGACUCAAUUGACGAGAACAACGACGGAGAGCUCACCUUCCUGGAGUUCUGGCAGCUGAUUGGACGACUAGCAAAUCAACACGGCGGCUUUAUCCAAUAG